AGUCCGGACACUCCGGCCCCCAUCCGCCACCGCCCCCGAAGGAGAGGAUGGACUCCCUGUCCCUGGAGCACCAGAUCCAGCGGGUGCAGCGCCAUAUCGCCUUUCUGAAGAAGGAACAGAUGGAGCUCCUCCGGGACCUGCACCUGGAGAUCCUGCGCCUGCAGAAGCACUGCACAGAACUGACUCAGGACCUAGAAAGGAAGGAGUCCCGGGCCGACCAACAAGAGGUCGUGGACCGCCAGCUGGAGGAGCAGUGCCGGGCUAUGGAAGCACAGCUGGCGGAGCGGGAGGGCAGCAACGCAGAACUGCGCCAGGAGCUGCGGCAGCGAGAGGCCCUGGUUGCGGCCCUGCGCUCCAGCCUGCGCAGCAAGGAACGCCACUUCCUGGAGGAGCUGAAGCGCCGGAGCCACGGGGUCACCGUGCUCGACACGGAGCUGCGCAAGCAGACCGAGGCAGCGGCCUACCUGUCCCUGCAGCUCCACGCCUCCAGGCAGAGACUGCACGGGCCCCGGGGGUCGGCGGGGGGCCGGCUCCCCUCUGACCGGGCACCCCCAACCGCGGAGCCCCGGCCCAAGAAACGCAGCCACAGAGCCCGGAAGCCGCCAGCCGAGCUGGGGGGCCUGGGGACUGUGGGGGGCCGGGCCAGCGUGGGCCUCGCAGAAGUUGACCCCAUGCCUGACCCGGCUCUGUUCCUGUCAGGCCGGAGGCACCACUGGCCCAAGCCCGCCAGCCCCCAGCCCCGGGCUGGGCCGGAGGGUAACGGGAUGGCCCCAGGAGAGGGCAGCCCCAGCAAACCACCCAAGCCCCCCACCCAGGAACCCCCAGACCCCCCGGGCGCUCCACCCCCACAGGCCCAGCCCUGUCGGAACCAGCACAGCCGACGCCGUGGGUCCAGCCCCCAGAGUUCCGCCGACCCGGAGUAGCCCCAAAGGGAGACCAGGAGGCCGGGGGGUCGGGAGGGGGGCAGGGACAGCCCAGGGGCCAGGGCACAAGGGAAGCCUUUCUCCCGGCCCCACCGCCCCUACUACCCCCAUCUCCCCUUGACCCCCUGCCCACUCCCGCCGUGGGCCGGGAGCGAGACUGCGUUCGUCCAAUCAUCCCAGGGGCAUCGGCCGGAGGUGCCCGCCUCUGGUAGGUCUGGGGAGGGGACAGGGGAGUGGCAGGUCAGGGAGGCCAGAGAGACUCCCCCUUUUAGAGUUCCAAACUUUCUGAGCUUCCAGCCCCUACCGCCUCUCUCCCUUCCCCCAGCACUGGGAUCCUGGGGCAGGGGAGGGGCAGACAGAAUUUGCACAUUUUUGUAAGAGAAAAUAUGAGUUAUGGCUCACUCUCAGUGGGCUGUUCUCUUCUCCUCACGGAGAGGGGAGCGGCCAGUGCCCUCUCAGGGGGUUCCAGGAGAAGCUCCCCGCAGCACAGGGAGGCAGAGGGGUGCCCUGCAUGCAUGAAUAGCGAUGGGAUCAACAAUGGUGCUCGGGAUGACAGUUAUAUUCUUCCCGUUCUGCCGCCCACCUGCCCGGGGACAGCCCCUGCAGGCUUGGGGCCCACCGACCACCCGGCCUGCCUGCCCGUCCCAUCCUGCUCUGCCCACCCUGCCCAUUCCAUCCCAUUCUGCAGGGCCCCAUGGCUGCCCCGAUGCCUGGCACCUACCCUUUUGGCUGCAUCUGCCACUGCGUUGGGUCGGGAGGAGGGGGUUGGAGGAGAAUAGAAGGGAUCAGCCCACCCUCCCAGGAGGAAAUCCGAGGAGGCCUUGGCAUUGCUUUCUGCUUUCCUGAUAGAACCAUCCCUGGCCUAGGGCAAUACACAGAGCUGGGCCCGGGUCCGGUGGGCCGGCUGAUCUUGAGCGAGGGCAAAUUGGGUGUCUGACUGGGAUCUGGGGGGCUGGAAGCCCGGGGGAGGAACUGAUGAGUUGUCUGCCCUGGGGAAGGGGGGAUUGGCCAAACCCUCAUUCCACAAUUGGAAGGUCAACCCCAAACCCUGGCAACUUAGGAGGAACCCAGAGAGGUUUCUGCCCAGACGGGCAAAGGAGAGUCGGGGUAGCUGAAGGGAGGAGCUGCUGAGGAAAGGAGAGAAGGGGAUGGGAUCCCCAGGAGGGCUACCAGAGCUCAGACCACCGCUCCUCACCCACGGGGCCAGGACCUCCCUAUUCCUGCCCCCUGACUCUUCUCAAGAUCUCCCCCCUCCCAAACUCUAAGCAUCAAUCUGUCCAUAGCCCUGAGAAGCAGGGGAGGCAAACCCCUACAGGGCCAAGCUUCCAGCCUCUGGCCGGGGGACAGGGUCCCCAGCCCACCAACCACAACACCGCAAAGAGGAAGCAGUCUUCAACGCCCCGUUUUCUGGGGCUAAUUGCAGCCACUCCCCAAUUAGCUGGCUGUGGCCAGAGGCAGGAGGGAGGGGCCAGCUGGCAAAGUCCCCUGGCAGAGCCACUGAAGCGUCUCGGGCCCGGAGGGGAGGCGGGGCCCUGGUCCCUGCCUCCCAGUCCCCAAACUCUCUCCCGUCCCCAACAACACCCCAGAAAAGCCCCUUCGACCCCAGUCGGCGGGGAGACAGAGUAAGUGGAGACUGUUACACUCUGUUCCAGCUCUCUGGGGAGGUCAGCCUUCUCGCACCCAGCUCUCAGGCCCAGCCUCUGUGGGGAGGGAGGCCCAGAACUGGACGGAAGGAUUCUCAGGCAGGCUGUGACACUGACGUCAGGGAGUGGGACUCUGAACCAAGCUAGGCCCGCUGCUCCUCCCCAUCCCUACCCGGCUCUCGGGUCUUGGCCCCCAGGACCCCCCCGCUGAGCUCUUCCUCCCCCCAAGGCACAAUUCCCACCCGAGACUCCCUGGUGAGGGACCAUAAGGGCACCAGUGCCAGGAGUUGCUGCCCCAUUAAGAUGGAGGAUGCCAAGUCAGCUCCAACCCCACCUCGACUCUUCCACGGCCUAGACGGACCCAGCCAGAGGCCCCCGGGGCCAGGACAGCCCACAGGGGCUUCUCCAGGCUCCUUUCCUCCCAGAACCCUCCCAAGAGACCCGUUGUGCAUUCAGCCAUAUGUGCCUGUGACUGUCUUCCAAGCUGAGAGGUGGGGGCGUAUGAUGGGAGAGACUGGUUUCAAUAACCACUAGGAGGUCAGGGUUUGGAGGGGAGGCCUGACGAGCCAUCCCUAUUGCUCAGACGACCGCAUCUACACUGACCAGUCACUCCCUUGUGAACCCAAUGAGUUCUGUGCAUAACCCAACCGUCCACACAGCCAGAGAGUUAGAGUCAACUCUUCCUCAACCCUCUUCCAGUUUGGGUUGGAGUAAUCUGGACUGUUGAGGUUUUGCUCUCCUCCCAGGUAGUUGGAAUCCCUCCCUCCCCAUGGUAGAAGAGUCUCUAGAGGGCAAGGGAGAGAGGUUGGACAGAGGGAGUGUCUCUCCACUCCUGUCGUUUGACAGGUGGUGUCUAAAUGGGGAUGGGCGUGGCUGUGCGGAUGAAAUUCCAGGUGUGGGUCUGGGUGGCUGGGUUUGUGCGGUCUGUAUCACUGGGCGAAGGCAGAGGAGUGCUCUGUCUCCGAGAGAGAAAGUGUGUGGGCGUGGGUGUGGGUGUGUGCCUGGGAGCUGUGAGUCUUCUCAUGGCUGCCUGUAUCUGAGGCAGAGAGGGACAAGCAGGGCAUUAGAAAUGAGUCAUUUGAGUAGCACACAGGCAACUGGAGCAGCUGGGAAUCAUGGGAGCGAGAGGGGGGCUGAGGGAGGCGUAUUGUAUUCCCUGAGGGGCUUUUUGGAGAUGAGCCAGAGAGCAGCCAUGGUUUCCAAACAGCAGCUGCCUAAGGCUUCUCCCCCAACCCCCAUCUCCUCCUCUUCUCCCCAGUGCCCUCCCCCACUUUAUCCUGCCUCCACUCUCCUCACUAAUAGUAAUUAUAAUUAAUAAUAAUUGUGGUAUUUAUUAAGCGCUUAAUAUGUGCC